CGUACAUGGCUUACGGCGGACGGCACGAUGGCGGCUUCAGAAGCUGGUGGCUCAUCCGGUGCUGUUGAUGAAGCGUUUUCUACAUUUUAUACCGAGGUUAAACAGAUCGAGAAACGAGACUCUGUCCUAACCUCAAAGCAGCAAAUAGAAAGGCUAAUCCGGCCUGGGUCAUCCUAUUUCAACCUUAAUCCAUAUGAGGUCCUGCAGUUAGAUCCAGAAGCUACAGAUGAAGACAUCAAAAAGAGAUUUCGACAGCUAUCUAUAUUGGUUCAUCCAGACAAAAAUCAAGAUGAUGCAGACAGAGCCCAGAAAGCUUUUGAAGCUGUUGACAAAGCAUACAAACGUUUGUUGGACCAAGAGCAGAAGAAGAGAGCGCUUGAUGUUAUCCAAGCUGGGUUUGAAUAUAUCGAACACAUUGUAAAAGAGAAAAAAAAACAGCUAAAAAAAGAAGGAAAACCGCAAGAUGUUGAGGAAGAUGAUCCUAUAGUUUUUAAACAGGCUGUGUACAAGCAGACUAUGAAGCUUUUUGCUGAACUGGAAAUUAAAAGGAAAGAGCGAGAGGCAAAGGAAAUGCAUGAAAGGAAAAGACAAAGAGAAGAAGAAAUAGAAGCUCAAGAAAAAGCCAAACGGGAGAGAGAAUGGCAGAAAAACUUUGAGGACAGCCGAGAUGGACGUGUAGACAGCUGGAGAAGCUUCCAGUCCCAUGGCAAAGGAGGGAAAAAAGAAAAGAAGUCAAGGACCUUUUUAAAACCCCCUAAAGUGAAGAUGGAACAGAGAGAGUGAUCCCAUGAUAACUCCCUCGCUUUUACUUUGCACAUCAGCUUUCCUUUUUAGGGCAGCCCCUUUCCCAGCCACAGGUGUUCCCACAACAUAUUGGGCCAUUCAACAGAUUGCUUGCACCGGCUGUGAUGGAUGCAAUGGAUCUGAACUCCCUUUUGUACAUUUUCUUUUUUUCUUUUUUUUUUUUUUAGCGAGGGGUAUGGUUGUAAUUUAACGUUUUUGUACCUACAUUGUAUUCAUGUUGACCCGAUGUAUAGUAGAAAUGAGAUAUUAAAGAAAAUGUUUAAAUUCUG